AUGAAGAUUGCAGCUGUUAUGUCCGCCUUGAUGGCCGCUGGCCUAGUUGCCGGUGCUCCUCCUGCGCCUCGCCCUACUGAUCUCUCCAACGUGCCUCCUCCCAAUGGCCCUCACGUUGCUGUUGAUGGUAACGGCAAGCGUGACGAGAUCCCUCCUCCUAAGCCUACCGACACCACUCUGCCUCCUCCUCCCCACGACGGCAACGACAACGGCAAGCGUGGAGAUGUCCCACCUCCUCCUAAGCCCACAGACGACGACCACCACCACAAGGGCGACGGCAAGCGUGACCAGGUCCCUCCUCCCCCCAAGCCCACUGAUGGCGAGCUCCCUCCCCCCAAGGGAGAUGGCAACGGAAAGCGUGGAGAUAUCCCUCCCCCUCCCAAGCCUACCGACGACCACCACCCCCCGAAGGGCGAUGGCAAGCGUGACCAGGUCCCUCCUCCCCCCAAGCCUACCGACGGAGAGGUUCCUCCCCCUCCUAAUGACAACGGAAAGCGCGGCGACGUCCCGCCCCCUCCUAAGCCCACCGACGAUGUCCCUCCCCCCAAGGGCGACGGCAACGGAAAGCGUGGAGAUAUCCCGCCUCCCCCCAAGCCCACUGAUGGCGAGGUUCCUCCCCCUAAGGGAGAUGGCAAUGGCAAGCGUGGAGAUGUGCCUCCUCCCCCUAAGCCUACCGACGGCGAGCUCUCUCCUGCUCCUACCGUUGUUUAA